CACACACACACACACACAACACACACACACACCACACAACCACAAACUCUCAAACAAAUACCUAACCACAUUAGAACUUUCUACAGAACCAAACAGGGCUGUCUGAAUGUUGUUCACUCAGAUUUCCCGCUCACCAACCUCCUCCCUAUUUCUUUUGGACAACAAAUUACUGACGAAGCUGUGCUGAUAAGCCCCGUCCGUUAGGAAGAAAGGAAACAAGGAGACAAGGAAAUAAGGAAUAAGACGAGGAGACAGACAUUCCAUUACAGUCCCUGUGGAGCUGCAGCUGGGAUGAGCCUACCAGCCGUGAUUUCUAAUCGUGGAGAAAGGCUAAACAGCAAGGAGUGCGCAGGAAUGAGCCCGCUGGGAGGUUUCCUCUGGCUUUGGAUAUUCCUCUAUGCAGCAGCUGUGUACGCAGGUGUAGGUGGGACAAAGGUCGACAAUGUAUCGUCACAAGUCUGUCACCAUCCAUGUGAGGAUCUGGUUGCCUUGCACACUGAGAUCCAAGGCCUGCGUAUUGUGACCAGCAACCUGCUUGAAGACCUGGAGAGAGUAUCAAAAGAAAAUGAAGAGAUGCGAAUAUCUUUGACUGAGCUAGGCAACAGCAAAAACAGAAACAGCAUCCAGAGCAGCAACAAUGACAACAACAGCAGCAGCCGCAACGGUAGUAGCAAUGGCAACAUCAGCAGCAGCCGCAACGUCAACCGCAACGGUAGCAGCAAUGGCAACAGCAGCAGCAGUGACAACAGCAGCAGCAAUGACAACAGCAGCAGCGGCCGCAACGGUGGCAGCAAUGGCAACAUCAGCAGCAAUGACAACAGCAACAGCAGCAGCCGUUUUAGCGGUGAUAUCAGUGAUCUUGACAGAGAUGGAGAGGUCUGGUGUAUGCAGGAUGGACGAGUGUUCGAACAGGGGGAGGAUUGGGAGGUUGACAGCUGCACGUCUUGUGGUUGCCAGGAUGGAAAGGUGGUGUGUCAGCAGGUUUCUUGUCCUCCCGUAUCCUGCAUCCAUCCUUCCUUUAUCGAUGGAACGUGCUGUCCUGUCUGUCUCAAUAAUGAAGAUGGCUGGUCCCCGUGGUCUGAGUGGACCCACUGUUCGGUCUCCUGUGGACGUGGAGGGCAGCAAAGGGGUCGCUCCUGCAAUGGCAUCAUGCCAUCCUGUACCGGCCCGUCAGUCCAAACCCGCAGCUGCAUGCUGAUGAAGUGUGAUCACAAGGCGCAUCCUGGUGGGAAAUGGGGCCUUUGGUCUCCUUGGUCUGGGUGUACAACCACAUGUGGAGAAGGCAACAUCACACGGGUUCGUCUCUGCAACAAACCUCCAGCACAGAAGGGAGGCAGAGGGUGCACGGGCAGCGCCAGGGAGACACAAUCUUGCAACAAUACACUUUGCCCCAUUGCUGGAGGCUGGACAAGCUGGACGGAAUGGUCUCUGUGCUCAGAGUCAUGUGGUGGAGGUCUUAAGAGUCGCCAGCGGGAGUGUUUGAACCCCGCCCCUCAGCACGGUGGGAAGCCUUGUGCCGGAGACACUGUGGACUAUGAAGCAUGUAAUAAACAGCCAUGUCCUAUAGAUACAUGUUUACUUUCAAAUCCAUGUUUUCCUGGAGUGGUGUGCACAUCACAUAGCGACGGAUCAUGGGAGUGUGGACACUGUCCGUUGGGUUUAAAGGGCAAUGGCACUCACUGUGAAGAUGAGAACGAGUGUGAAGUGGAGAAUGUGUGUGUCACAGAGUGUGUAAACACAGACCCUGGCUUCUACUGUCUGCCCUGUCCUCCUCGUUACAAAGGCACCCAGCCGUACGGCCUUGGACUGGAGAUAGCCCAGAAAACCAGGCAGGUGUGUGAUCCAUACAACCCUUGCAAAGACAACACACACACCUGCCACAAGUAUGCUGAGUGUAAGUACCUUGGCCUGGCGUCUGAGGUUUUGUACAAGUGUGGGUGUGCUGUCGGGUUUGCGGGCGACGGCUUCCUGUGUGGUGAAGACUCUGAUCUGGAUGGCUGGCCCAACAGCAAAUUAACCUGCAAGCAGAAUGCAACCUAUCACUGUCAAAAGGAUAACUGCCCCAUGCUACCAAACUCUGGACAGGAAGACCUGGACAAAGACGGACAGGGAGAUGCCUGUGAUCCUGAUGAUGACAAUGAUGACAUCAUAGAUGAGAGGGACAACUGCCCGCUGGUGUACAACCCUCGGCAGUUUGACUCUGACAGAGACGGGGUCGGGGACCGCUGUGACAACUGUCCAUUUGAGAGCAACCCGCUGCAGACUGACACUGAUGACAAUGGAGAGGGAGACGCCUGCAGCAUUGACAUUGAUGGAGAUGAGGUUUUGAAUGAUCGUGACAACUGUCCCUUAGUCUACAACACUGAUCAGAGGGACACAGACAUGGAUGGUGUUGGAGACCAGUGUGACAACUGUCCACUUCUACACAACCCACUGCAGCUUGACUCUGACAGUGACCUGGUGGGGGACAUGUGCGACGACAACGACGACAUCGAUGAGGACGGCCACCAAAACUCUCUUGACAACUGUCCCUACAUUGCCAAUAGUAACCAGGCCGACCAUGACAAGGACGGGAAGGGUGACGCAUGUGAUCAUGACGACGACAACGACGGUAUCCCUGACGACCGGGACAACUGUAGACUAGUGCCCAACAGGGACCAGCUGGACUCUGAUGGUGAUGGGAGCGGAGAUGCAUGCUUUGAUGACUUUGACAAUGACAGUAUUCCAGAUGCGCUGGAUCCAUGUCCUCUGAACCAGGAUAUCGGAUCUACAGACUUCAGGAAGUUUCAGGUUGUUUUGUUGGACCCUAAAGGCACCACGCAGUCGGACCCUCUCUGGGUGAUCCGCAGCCAAGGCACGGAGCUGCUGCAGACGGCCAACUCAGACCCUGGCAUCGCUUUAGGAUAUGACAAGUUCAGCGCGGUGGACUUCAGCGUAACAUUUUAUGUGAAUACCAACCGAGAUGACGACUACGCAGGCAUCGUUUUCGCCUACCAGUCCAGUCGACGCUUCUAUGUUGUCAUGUGGAAACAGGUGUCUCAGGCCUACUGGGAGAAAAAGCCAUUUAAAGCUUUUGCCACAGCCGGAGUCUCGAUCAAACUAGUCAACUCUACCACAGGACCAGGAGAGUAUCUACGCAAUGCCCUGUGGCACACCGGAAACAACAGACACCAGGUGAAAACAUUGUGGCAUGACCCCAAUAAAAUUGGCUGGAAGGCCUACACAGCCUACCGCAUACACCUCAUCCACAGACCCAAGACUGGGUUCAUCAGGGUGGUGGUGUACGAGGGCAGGGAGAUUUUAUCUGACUCUGGGGCGGUGUAUGAACACACCCUGGCUGGAGGCAGACUGGGGCUGUUUGUCUUUUCUCAGGAACAUGUCCUCUUCUCAGACCUCAGAUAUGAGUGCAGAGAUAAUUGAACUAUUCUGCUGGGAUAUUAAGGAAUAUCUUCAACCUCCUACCAGAGAUCCACUUCAAUUCCAGU